AUGACUUCAUGGGCGGCGUUUCAGGGAAGGUGCGACCGGGGGUGGCAGCGCAGCAGUGCAGGCGCGGACACGUCGUCCACUCAGGCCAACGCCCUUUCCCGUCCCUCUGUUGCCUCCUUGCGCCGUCGUCGGCGGACGCGGCGCGCGAUAAGACUUCGCACUGGAAAUGAAGACGGCGGGCGCGUCGCGUCGAAAACUCGGAGAAGCGCAAAACUCGGCGCCGCAAGCGUGCGCGCCGCGAACCUGAUCUGCUGGCUUGCUCCUGGAGGCAUCUCACCGGCUAGGCCGCAUCCGGCUCGUCGCUUUCUGCCCCGAUGGCGCGCGCGCCGGCAUUCCAAGUUAUUGGCUGUGAGGGGCAACGGCCAAGGAUCCGCUGCUGUUGCCAUCGUCUCAUCACACACUCAGCCCCGACCGAGUUCUUCUGCAUCAUUAUAUUCCUCUCACGACGCUGUCCAUCGUCCUUCCUGGAGGACCUGA